UUGAUCAUGAGACAGACGACAAUGUAUGGUGUGUUGUGAGAAGCAACUAUGUGUACCUGUCUGAUCGUCUCUGUUUCAACUCUCUUUUCACCAAUCUUCUGUAUGAACGAGGAUUUCUGUCGAGAGGUGAUAUGGACGCUCUUCGCAGCGACUUUGUCACUCAUGACGACAAGGUUCGUCGUCUACUCAUCGACGUGUUGCCGACGAGACUGCCAGAAAUGUUUCCUGUCUUCUGCGACAUCCUCAAAACAGUUGGACAGACACACAUUGUAGAAAGACUGGUGACAACGGGGAAUACCCAGGAGAUAAGGAGAAGUCCCCAAGUUGUUGAGGGACUAGGGGCUGCAACACAUGUUGGAGGGAUGGAAAUGCUGAAAGAUGAGGAGAAGAAACAGAUAGCAGUGCGACGUAAGAAGAAAAGAAGGAGAGCAGGGAAACAGAAGAAAAUUAUUUCUAUAGCAAGAGAAGAAACCGGUCGUAGUUGUGAUGGAGAUGGACCUUUACCUUCACAUUCUGCAUCUCAUGUGUUUAAACAGUCUCUAUCUCUACCAUCUGAGUCGACGUCUAAUCCUUGGCCUUCAAUUCGUACAAACUUCACUUUCCUGUCUCAACGUUUGCCUAUGAGUCCUCUCUUUAUUGGUUGUCUUUUUGAAAAGCAAUUGUUGUCAGAAGUUGAAUUUAAGAUGUUGAGUGACGACCACAUUGUUCGUGAGCUGAAAAUCCGUUUUCUUUUAGUUGACAUUUUACCCAGAAAGCCGUUUGUCGUGUUUACAUCAUUUUGUGAGAUUCUUCACUGUGUGGGUCUGUCACACAUUGCAGACAGAUUACAAGAGAAUCCCGUGGAAGUAAAACUCAUUCCAGAAGUGAGUGUCAGACGAUCAGAAAUUGAGAGUUUGCAGAAAGAAGUCGAGUUGCUAUUGGUUCAAGGGGCAGAUUUGGACAGAGAAAAGAGAGCAGCAGUUGAAGUGGAGAGACAACGAGCUGAUGAGGCUGAAGUAAAAGCGGCUAAAGUUGAGAGUGAAAGGAAGAAAGAAGAAGUGAUGAGGAAAGGAGAGCAGCUCACCAAUUUGGCAAUGCGACUAAAGUUCCUUCCAUUAGAAGAGAUCUUUGACAGUCUCCCAUCAUGGACACAGUGGAAUGUACACAUGCCUCAUGACAGUUACCCAUAUAAUAGAAUGGGAGAGAUUGAAGGCAGACUAGUGGUAGGAGGUUAUGAUGGCAAUCUGCAUGUUCUGACUUAUAAACAUGAUAAGUGGGACAAGUUUGUCAGAAAGAAUGGUCACAUUAGGAAUGUAGUGUGUCAUCAAGAUGUGUGUCUGGUGUGUGUUGAGGAUGAAGAUAAACAUCAGUGUGUGAUUGAACAAUUUCAUUUGAAUAAAGACGACAAAUGGAGAUUCCUCACGGUUGUACCAAAUGAACUGCAGUUGGGUGGUGUAUCUAUUGCUCUCCAUGACAACUCACUGUAUGUGGUGGGAGGUGGGAAUAAGUCAUGGGAGAUAGUGAACACAGCACGUGUGUGUGACCUUCACAGCGGUCAUUGGUCUAAGAUGGAUGACAUGGAGAGAAAACGUUUCGUCUGUUCUUCUGUUAUUAUAAACAACACAGUGUUUGUAGGAGGAGGAGAGACUGAUGGAUUUUACUAUAGUAACAUUGUUGAGUGUGCAGAUGUUCGUGUUAGAAAAUGGAGAACAAUCCCCUCUACAACAACAGCUAGAUCAACACUAACAUCAGUCAAUAACAAACUUGUGGGGACUGGAGGAAUGACACAACAUAUGUUUGGUUCUCCUUCUAAUAUUGUAGAAUUAUAUGAUGAGAGGUCUACCAAAUGGCUUCCUCUUCUACACAUGACACACAAACGGUGGGCACAUGCUGCAUUCUCAACUGAAAGUGGAGAACUCAUCACAGCAGGAGGGUUGGUUGCUCAAUCUUCAAUAGAAAGUGUCAAGUGUGACUGAUACUUUCCAUUUUCUUUCAAUUUCUG